CUGUUCCUCUCCGUAGUGAGUAACCUCCGGUCGUGCUAUACAGCUCAUUGCGACUAAGAAGAUUAAAGGCUAGCAAGCAGAACGUGACUGGGGUCAGCGAGAUGGCUGCACAGGCCAAUAGGGUGAUGUCACUAGGAGAAUGGGAGGAAAAGUGGCAGAAAGGAACGACUGGCUUCCACCAAUCUCAUGUACACAGAAUGCUGGAGAGCAACUUACAAAAAGUUGUGGCUGAACGUCAGCAAGUCCGGUUCUUCUUCCCUCUGUGUGGCAAGGCUGUAGACAUGAAAUGGCUGGCUGACAUGGGCCAUAUAAUUGUUGGGGUGGAGAUCUGUGAGAAAGGAAUAAAGCAGUUCUUUGAGGAGCAGGGCCUGCAGUACACAGAAGAGCCAGUGGAAGCUAUACCUGGUACUAAAGUCUUCAAGAGUUCUGACAGAAGGAUCUCUAUCUAUCAGUGUGAUUUGUACAAGUUCUCCAGUGCUAUAGAGGGUCAGUUUGGAGGAAUUUGGGACAGGGGUUCUCUAGUUGCCAUAAACCCAUGUGACAGGCAGAGAUACGCCACUCUCAUGAUGUCUUUAAUGGAGAAGAACUGCCGGUAUCUGCUGGACACACUAGAAUACAACCCUGAAUUGCACAGAGGUCCACCAUUUCUUGUGCCUGAAGAGGUUCUAAAAAAAAUAUAUGGUGAAUCUUGUGAGAUUGAACUGGUGCAAACUGGAGAUGCCUUUGAAGAAAGACAUAAAGAAUGGGGAAUAGAUUCACUUCUAGAGAAAGUGUACCUUCUUACUCUAAAGGCCAAGUGAACUAACAGUCCAAAAGGGACAGAUAUGGCAUCUUUGUACCUACAUGUAUGUCUCUGGGAUAGACCUGGGCAAGACCAUAUAAACAGUUUCUAAAUUCAUCACA